GCUGGAGAGUGCAAAAGGGUCUAUUGAUCUGAUUGCUGAAGAAAUAGUUUGACGAUUUUUAUGAUACCCCUGGUCUACUGUGAUAGACCAAUGCGAGAAGCGAAGGAAGAGAGAAGAACAGCCGACAUCUGUUGAUCCCAACUGGGUAUCGAACUAGCUAUCAAAAGCAAAAUGGUUUGGGUGAUUGUCCACUGAGAAUGCUUGUUCGUUCGUGCCCGCUUCGGACAGCGUAUCUACUUACAACACCAUCUUACGUUCCCCCGGACUGGUACAGAGAUAGCUCGAUAGACCGAGAGAGGUCGGUCCCGGUACCGCUAUUAUACUUUAGAAGAAAGCUUUCUAAAGAUACAAGACCUCGCUGUAAACCUCCAAGGACAAUCUGGCACUUUCUGUGUCGCUGUAUAAAGCUCACAAGCUUUGUAGUUUCUCAGUCCCACCUUCUUCGGCCAACAGCCCAAACAUUGGCCCAACACGCACCAAAGUUGCUGCCGCUAGUCGCCAUUCCUCUGCCGUACACACCUCGCGAGGCAGAGCCAGUCCAACAACGAGGCGGCCAUGGAAAAGCAGAUCACUCCUUGGUAGACAUGUCGAACCUCACAGUCUUUUCGCCACGGGACUCGCCGCUACUCAUACGCCUCAUCCUCUCAACUCGAAGGGCCUCUUGUCGAAGCUUGUCCAUCGUUGUUGCCGACAUCGUCUUCUCCCAGUGGAUACCCAUGCCGCCGCGCAGUUUCAGCAAUUCGAUCGUUAUGGGCGGCUCAUUCGAGGUCUUCUCCUCUGCAGUAAAGUCCUCUAGUCGACUUUUCAUGUCUUGGGUCGUAGGAAGCUUGGGGUUCUUACUGGAGCGACUGGUGUUGGCAGGGGUGAUCUUCAACUGAGGGGUAGCUUUGAGAGUUGACACGCUUGAUUGUUGGUCGAGGCGAUUGCUUUCGAUGGGGUCUUUUGUUCCUCGACCACUACCUUUGGUCAGUCGAGUGACAACCAUACGAUACAAUGACGGGUACCAUUCUGCCAUCUUGAACACCUCAGCAAUUCUUUGGGAGAGCUCUUCUUCAUUCUGGAUUUCAUGAUGGACCUUUCGGACUUCUUGGUCGACGAGAGUGGGUGUGAGGACAGGUGCAUCGUGGAGUGGCUGAUGAAUGGCGGCGAGUAUCUCCAAAGCCGACAUACCUGAUGAUUGAUCCAU